AUGACCGCCGCGGGCGCCGACGACGAGACGCACAGCUGUCGCCGCGAGACGACGCGACCGACGAUCGCGUCGUCGCGCCGCGCCGCCGCCGCGCUCGCCGCCGCCGCGCUCGUCCUCUCCUCCCCGUCCGCGUCGCUCGCGAAGACGGUCAACGUGACCGUGGACCCCGACACGCUGACCGCGGAGCUCUGCGACGACCCGCGCGCGGGCGGGGUCCCGGGGACGGCGACGUACAAGGCGCGUUGCAUGCAGAUCUCGGGCGUCGCGACGAACCCGACCAAGGACGUCGUGUACAACGCGGACGUGUACGGCAGCGUCAAGGACGCGGCGAACGACGAGGUGCUGAACAGCGGGCGCGUGGGCAGCAUCGCGGAGGUGCCGCCGGGGGAGAGCGCGUUCCGAUUGCAGAUCACGGUGGCGACGUCGCAGCCGCUGCCGCUGAAGCUGAAGGCGUUCAAGGCGCAAGGGGUGACGUCGAGGCUGAACGCGUCGCCGAACCCGUACGACGACUACACCGAGUUCGACGAUUUCGGCGCGCAGAAGUGA